AUGAUGCCUAUUGCUCAAGGACGUCAAGGAGACAUAUUCGCUGUCAGAAUUCAAGAACAAGACGGCCUUUGUGAUCAUGGAACCUCAAGCAGUGAAGUAUCUUCGAACAAUGCGGUAUCGAAAGAUGAACGCAAAGUUAAAUACGGCCAUGCUGAUGGAUUGAGAGGCUGGAAAGCACUUAAAAUCGUCUAUGCCCCUCGAGAUGGAUAUGUAAGAGGUAAUGAACCUCAUAAUAUCCACGGGGAAGUUGCACUCCUAAGGCAGAUAGAUCAUCCCAAUAUAAUCACCCUUCUAAAUUAUACAUUCGAUGAAGAGACCCUCCAGCAUCGCUUGACCCUGCCUCUAUACCCCAUGUCCCUCUCGGAUCUAUUACAAGAUCCAUCUUUCCCACCUACCGACGUCGAUAUACCGAAGAUCAUUUCGUAUCAACUCUUAAAUGCUAUUUUAUACCUUCAUUCAAUGAAUCCACCUAUCGCUCAUAGGGAUUUGAAUCCUUCGAAUGUUAUGUUUGAUAAGCAGGGGAGAAUGAAAUUAAUCGAUUUUGGAAUUGCCUAUUGCCCAAAAUCUAAUGAAACAAGGUACUCAUCUCUGGCAGGUGUUAAGAUGCAUGGAGGAGACGGAAUGGAGGCGAACAGAGAGGGAGGGGUGAAGAAUAAUGAAUGGGAGGAGGAUGAGGGUACAUGGAAAGAGGACGAUCAGAAUAUGUGCUGUGAGGUAGGAACGGGAUCAUAUCGCGCACCUGAACUUUUAUUUUCACCUCGAUCGUACGACCCGCUCAAAGUCGACCUAUGGUCAGUCGGUUGUAUAAUAGCUCAAUUUUUCAGACCUUAUGGUUCUGCUUUAGAUUCACCCUCAUCAGAUACCUCCUCUUCCUUAUCCAAUUUUGACUCUUCUGACUCUUUGGACGAAGAUCAGAUGGAUCCACUAGACAACGAACCUUCCUCCUUGAUACAAACUAGACAGCCCCUCUUCGACUCUACCUACGGUUCACUGGGAUUAGCUUCAAGUAUAUUUAAAGUACUUGGUAAACCAUCUCCAGAAAAUUGGCUAGGAUUCACAACUCUUCCCGAUUCUGACAAGAUCGAUUUUCCCAAUUCUACCCCUAGACCAAUACAUGAUCAUUUACCUUUACUUCUUCAUCUUUCCGAGGAGGAUCGGAUAGAUAUAUUGAAGGUAAUAGAGGGGCUAUUGAAGCUGGAUCCGGAGAGGAGGAUCGGCGCGGAUCAGGUACUGAAGAUGCGUUGGUUCAGGGAUGUAAAAGAGGUGGAGUUCGACGACAAGAUGAAGAACGGCACGAAGAUGUGGAUAGAUAAGGCUUUGAUGAAGUAUGAGAAUAUGGAGAAGAGUUAUGAAAAUCACUCGGAGAGAGUAUGGUAG